UCUGUCAAAUGUCAAAUAUAGAACCAGACAACUAGGGACAACAACUGGAAAUGGAAAAACCAAACAUCAAACAUUGAGCUAAUUUAAAAUUUUUCACAGGUUGAAUUGAGGCUUUAUCAUGGCUCUGCCACCAAAUUAUAAGCAAGUGGCAAUGCAAAUGCCUAGCCCACAAACACCAAACCAUAUACUGGCCGCUGGCUCUCCCAUGACUUUCAACAUAUUGAAAGAACGUUUGAGAGCCUCUGGUGGUUCUGGAUCUUCUUCAGCUAAAGAAACAAAUCCUUUUGUCUCGACUCCAAAUGGUCAUUCCGGCUUUGUUCCUCAAAAAAUUGGAAAAAAUACUGCAAAUGAUUCCAAAAAUCUCAAGCCUCCAAAGGCACCAGAAAAACCUACUAUGCCUUAUAUGAGAUAUAGUAGGAAAGUUUGGGAUCAAGUGAAGGCUCAAAAUCCAGACUUGAAAUUAUGGGAAAUAGGAAGGAUUAUUGGUCAGAUGUGGAGAGAUUUACCUGAAGAACAAAAACAAGAAUUUGUUGAGGAAUAUGAGGUUGAAAAAGUGGAAUAUGAAAAGAGUUUGAAAAACUACCACAAUUCCCCUGCCUACUUGGCUUUUAUUGCUGCAAAAAACAAAAAAUCCGGUCAAGGUAACGACGGAGAGACGCAUGAGAGACGUGAAUCUUCUAAGCAAGCAGCAGACAGAGAUAGGAGAAUCGAAAUACAACCUGCAGAAGAUGAGGAUGAUCAAGAUGAUGGCUAUUCUGUCAAACAUGUGGCCUACGCAAGGUAUCUCAGAAAUCAUCGUUUAAUCAACGAGAUUUUUUCUGAAACGGUAGUCCCUGAUGUUAGAUCGGUCAUAACAACAGGCAGGUUGCAAGUUUUAAAGAGACAAGUUCAGUCUUUAACCAUGCACCAGAAAAAAUUAGAAGCCGAACUGCAACAGAUUGAAGAGAAGUUCGAGGCUAAAAAAAUGAAAUUUAUUGAAAGCAGUGAGGCAUUUCAGGAAGAGUUGAAAAAACACUGCAAACCAGCUGUUGAUGAUGAGACCUUCCAAAAAAUGGUGGAGAAACAGUACGAGUUACUGAAGAGAGAGAGAGCACAGAGAUUUGAGGAAACUGCUAAACCCAAGAUAGAAGAAAAUGGAAAAACUAACCAAGAAACUGUGUCAUCUCCUGAAUCUCAGCAUUCGCAACCGGCUCAAGAAAAUAGUCAAUCUGAUCCAGAGCCCAUGGAUCAAGACAAGGACGAACAUUCAAAUCCUGAACCCCCAGUUGCUGCUAGCCUGCUUGCAAAUCAGAGACCUUUGAACGGAACUGCUAAUCGCCCUGAGCCACCCAAACCAAUGGAGAAACAGCCCCCUUUCCACCCACACCCCCCUUACCCAGAACAGUCCGUUCCUUCUCCACAAUCGCAUCAGCACUCCGAGAAUCCUCAACCACCCACUGCUGCGCCUCCUGCAAAUAUGUCUCCUUCACCGAAUGCAAUGGCACCACCAUCUAACCACCCUCAGACUCCCCCUCAGAUACCUCCGGGACAUUCACCGGUUCCCCAUCAUCCCGGUGUACCGCAGAAUCAUCCUGGCAUGCCACCGAGUCAUCCCGGAUUGCCUCCGGCUCCUCACAAGCCGCAUAUCCCUCCUCAAAAUUCGGGUGUUGUACCCCCUCACAAUAUCCCUCCUCACCCUUCUGCGGUCCAUGCAGCUCCCCAUCCUCCUGCGCAUGCCGUUCCCCCACACCCAUCGCAGAACGCGAUGAUGCCGCCGUCUCAAGUGCCCCCUUACCAACAGUACCCACCGCAGAAUGCUUCGCAGUCUAUCCCUCUCCCUCCGAGACCGCCCCAUCCUGCAUAUCCUCCCUAUCCCCCGCAACAGCAGCAGUCUUAUCAUCAGGGACCGCCGCAACCAUAUCCAGGCCAAUUUCCAGCCCAUUCCUACUAUCCUCAGUCUUACCAUCAGUAUCCGCCUCAUAUGAACAGACCACAUCAUUUUCCGCCGCAUACAGCUAUGCCACCGAUCGAAGGACAGCAACCAGUGCCGGGUCCGGGUGGUCCAGAAAGUCACCCCACAAGUGGACAUCAUAUGUAUGGGGUACACCCUCCCGCACAACCAGAAGGGGAUCAUAGGCCUUCAGAUGAUAAUGCAUCAGAAGACAGUAAAGAUGCCCAUGAUGAAAACCUGGGUGAGGAAAAAAAGGAGUAGGAGAAUCUUUAUAUGAGGACUUUCAAGUAAUUAGUUAGCCAAGAAGAAAAAAUCAUAUGUAUAUGUAUAUUGAAAGUGAAAAAGUAGUCCAUUAAGUUGACGAAUUGUUUUGAUUAUAUCGAAUAGAUUUUUUUCAUAAUUUUAUUUGUACAAUAAAGAUAAUUAUGCAUAAAA